AGUACAAUGUUCUGCCGGGGUUGUUGCUUACUGAUGCAAAACUCUUUGCAAGAAUAAACUAUACCAUCAGCCACCAAUUAAUCUCUGAGUCCUUAUUAACGAAUAACAGUAAUAAUACAAUAAACAAUGUAUACGGCGGCUAUGGCUAUGAUGUUAUUCUAUUGCAGGAGUUGUUGUGUCUGACGUAAGCACUGAAGUGGAUAUGAUUUGGAGUACUAUCCUUUACUGCCAAAUUUCAUCUGUUUUUUUUUUCAAGUUCUUUAAGAAGUCCAAAUCAAACUCUCCAAGUCACAAGUAGAAGUAUGAAUCUUAAGAAAAAAAGAGUUUUAAGCAUACAAAUAUAAGCAUCAAUCUGAUCUGCAUUCGACACUUUGGUCACUAGUUGAGUUGAGUUGAGAGUUGCUGACAAAGCAAGCGGCUUUCCAUGUCUAUCACCUCCGCUUCCCGCCGCGCCGGCGCCGCCGCGCUCCCCAUCCUCCGACGAAUCGGCGGCGCGUUCCGCCGCCCCUUCUCGUCGGAGCCGGACCCGGCAUCCUCCCCGGGGUACCACGUCGCCGGCGGGCCCAGCUUCAUGCGCGGCGCGGUGUUCUGGGAGCCCGGCCGCCCUCUCACCCUCGAGGACUUCCGCAUGCCGCGCCCCAAGGCCGGCGAGCUCCUCAUCAAGACCAAAGCUUGUGGAGUUUGCCACUCCGAUCUCCAUGUUCUCAAGGGUGAGCUCCCAUUCUCCAGCCCCUGCGUUGUUGGGCAUGAGAUCACUGGGGAGGUUGUUGACCAUGGUACUCACACCCCUGCUGAGAUCAUCAACAGGUUCCCAGUUGGCAGUCAUGUUGUGGGUGCCUUCAUAAUGCCCUGUGGGAAUUGCUUCUACUGUGUUAAGGGCCAAGAAGAUCUGUGUGAGUCUUUCUUUGCAUACAACCGUGCUAAAGGAACGCUAUACGAUGGUCAAACCCGAUUAUUCCUUCGUAGCAAUGGAAAGCCAGUGUACAUGUAUAGUAUGGGUGGGCUUGCAGAAUAUUGCGUUGUGCCAGCCAACGCACUAGCAGUUCUUCCCAACUCUUUGCCAUACACAGAGUCGGCGAUUCUAGGAUGUGCCGUGUUCACUGCAUACGGCGCCCUGAGGCAUGCUGCUGAAAUGCGUGCUGGGGAUUCAGUAGCUGUGAUUGGAGUCGGAGGGGUUGGGUCAAGCUGUUUACAGAUAGCCAAAGCCUUUGGAGCUUCCGAAGUCAUUGCAGUGGAUGUUCUUGAUGAGAAACUCCAGAAUGCUAGAACACUUGGAGCAACCCAUACUGUAAAUGCUGCAAAAGAAGAUGCAGUUGAAAAGAUUAAGGAAAUUACUGAUGGGAGGGGUGUGGAUGUAGCUGUGGAAGCACUUGGUAAGGCAUUGACAUUUUCUCAGUGCGCCAAAAGUGUACGAGAUGGAGGCAAAGCUGUUAUGAUUGGCCUUGCUGCCACAAAUGUGAUGGGGGAGGUGGAUAUAACCCGUCUUGUUCGCCGACAGGUGAAGAUCAUUGGGUCGUAUGGUGCAAGGGCCAGGCAAGAUCUUCCUCAGAUAGUCAAGCUUGCAGAGAGUGGGGCCUUCAAUCUUAAGAACACCAUAUCAAGGAAAUGCAAGUUUGAAGAGGCGAACAGCGCCUACGAGGAUCUUGACCGUGGCAAGAUCGUUGGGCGAGCCGUAGUUGAGAUCAUGUCGUAGUGAUGAGAUAAUUCUGUGGUUCAUAGCCUGGGAUCCCACUCUGGGUCAAUGAAAUAAGUAGGCUGUGACACUACAUAUUCCAUGAACAACCUCACUCCCUGAUUUGUGUUAAGAUGUCUGAAAUUGUUGAUGUUGAACUGCAGGGAGAUGAUUAAAUCAAGUGUGAUUUCAGGUGUCAUCUCA